CACACACACUCAUAUCACCGCGAGUGCUGUGAAGACGUGAUUCAAACAUUCACACUCUGGAUUUCUCAAGUAGCCUAUUCCACAAGCUGACCAGUCUGAGGGAAAAUCGCCUUCGCCGUGUUUGUAAUUCCCAUGUUCCUCGAUCGUAUUAUUCAGGGCUCAUGGGCACUCUCAGAGAUCUUCAGUUCGCACUUCAGUUGAAGAUUGAGGAGUUACGGCAAAGAGAUGCUCUUAUCGACGAGCUGGAGCUUGAACUGGACGCUAAAGAUGAUCUGAUACGACGCCUGCAGGGGGAGCUCGACCGUCUGCGCCUCUCCGCUCCAGGCAUCUCAGCCUCAGCUGCCACUGCUGGUCAACAACGUGCUUCUUCCCUGAGAGUGAGGAGGAAAGCAGUGGUUACAGAUUCAGUAACCAUGGAGCCAAAACUAGUCUUACAAAACCCGCCAAUCAGCCAUAGCAAGAGUGAAGAGUCAAAGAGGCUGAUAGAAUCAGCUUUAGCAGAAAAUGAGUGCAUGAAAUAUCUAGAUAGGGAUCAGAUGCUGUGUUUGGUGGAUUCUGCCUAUCCCAUCACGCUCAAACAGGGUGUGUGUUUUGUCCAGGAAGGGGAUAAUGGAACCCAGGCAUACAUUGUUGAAGAGGGAAAACUGGAGGUAUCCAGGGCUGGCCAGAGGCUGCACAUCAUUGAGCCGGGGAUGAUGUUUGAAGAACUGGCCCUCAUUCAUAACCACACCUGCUCCGCUACUGUCACAGCUCUUGUGAACAGCAGGCUGUGGGUGAUGGAGGGUCAAGUGUUUCAGAGGGUCAUGCAGAGAAGAAGCCUCAUCACUAUCACUCAGUCUCUGCCAUUCCUGCGCAGUGUCCCACUGCUCUGUGUGUUACCGGACGAUGUUUUCAUUAAAGUGUCUGAUGCACUGGAGGAGACUCACUACAGUGAUGGUGAAUAUGUCAUUCAAAAUGGAAGUCCAGAAGAUAAACUCUUCAUUUUUAGUCAAGGCCAGGUGAAAGUAUUCGAGAAACAAUCAGCUAAUGAGGAGAACAUGAUGGUGUGUGUCCUCACCAGAGGGGAUUGUUUUGGAGACCGAGCUCUACAAGGAGACGACAUGAGGUCGAUGAGUGUUCUUGCCUCAGGCGAUGUGACAUGUCUGGUCAUGGACAAAGAGUUUUUCAAAAAAGUAACUGGAGGCUUAGACGAUGCUAGAAACAAUCCUAGCAACAAGGCCAGAUCGAAGGCAGAGGAAGAUGGGACUGCGUUUGGGGAAAUGUCUCCUAGCAGUUUUCAAGUGCUGUGUAAUCUGGGGGAAGGACAGUACAGUCACACUCAGCUCGUCCUUUUGAAGAGUGACCCCAGCUGUAAGUUUGCAUUAAAGACCAUAAGAAAGCAGGCGAUACAGAGCCCAGGCCAAAGAGAGAGGAUGCUCUCGGAGAAACACAUCCUGAUGGAUCUCCAAAGUCCAUUUAUAGUAAGGUUGCAUUGUACCUUUAAAGAUCCUCGCUUCCUGUAUAUGCUGAUGGAGGCUUGUGAAGGGGGAGAUCUGUGGAUUUUACUGAGAGACAGGGGGUCACUGGAAGAAGAUGCUGUUCGCUUCUACGCAGCAUGUGUUCUGGAGGCUCUUAGUGUAUUACACGGCAAAGGCAUUGUUCACAGAGACCUGAAACCUGAAAAUGUGCUACUGGACCAACGUGGAUAUGCUAAACUGACAGGGUUUGGUUGUGCUAAGAAGGUGGCCUCUUUGCACAGGGCCUGGUCAUUCUGUGGGUCUGUGGGUUAUCAGCCUCCAGAGGUCAUUCUGCAUCAAGGUCACGGCCUGUCUGCAGAUCUCUGGGCUUUAGGGAUGUUGCUGUAUGAACUGCUCAAUAGCAGCCCCCUUUUCUCUGGCUCAGAGCCGCUGAAGGUUUAUACAGCAGCUCUGAAGGGAACAGAUGAGCUGGAGUUCCCCAAAACCAUCAGCAGGACUGCAGCACAUCUCAUCAAGAGCCUCUGCAGGCUGAACCCCUCAGAGAGACUGGGACAGAGGAACGGGGUCAAGGACAUCUGCAAACACAUGUGGUUUGAAGGCUUCGACUGGGAAGGACUUCAGAAGGGCACAUUGACUCCGCCAGUAAUACCAAACGUUCCCUCUGUCUCUGAUCACGGAGGACCAGCUCUCCUGGAUGAAACCCACAUUGAAGAAGCAUCAUUGGAUGAUUCUGGCUGGGAUAUAGACUUUUGAUUUGUACCAUGGCGAUAUGGAUUAUGUAAAUUGAAAAUAAUAAUAAUAAUA